UUCACCAUCGGUUAGGUACUCGUAGAUACAAUAAAUUAAUUGCUUGCAUUCAUUCGCUUGUGAAUAACGUCCGCAGGUGACUGUCAACAUCUUUUGUGUUUUAAGUUAUUAUUGAAAUAAGUGAUUCAAAUGCUAAAUAUGCUAAAGACGUCGGCUAAACUAUUCCACAAUUUCCAUACUGUACAAACUUCUAUAUAUCGAAGUUGGAACCCGAUAGCAAGCCUCACUAAUAAAGUAAAUUUGAAUAGCAGAAGAAGCACUCAUUCAACUAUAGACCCGAAGGAUAUAUUCCAGGCUGAUCCAAACAUUGCGAAAACGUUUUGGGACCCCGAAGGUGUAUUUAAAGCUCUUCAUGCUUUCAACUAUUUUCGGUUGCCCUAUAUCAGAGAUAGGCUAGUAAAAACAGCGCCUGGUGACAAAUACUCAACUUGUUUAAAAGGGAAGAAAAUCCUCGACGUCGGUUGUGGGGGAGGCUUGCUAUCAGAGGGUCUGGCUAAGUAUGGCGCCGAUGUUACCGGAGUAGACGCAUCCAAACCUUUACUCGAUCUGGCGCAAGAUCAUAGCUCAAAAAACAUACGCUUGGCUGAUAAUAAACCUACUUAUAUUUUAUCUACGAUAGAGGAACACUGUACUAAAUACCCAGACACGUACGAUGCCAUCAUAGCCUCUGAGGUCAUAGAGCAUGUCACAGAAAAGGAACUGUUCGUGGAGUCGUGCGUACGCGCCACUAAACCGGGGGGAAAACUCAUCUUUACGACGCCUAACAGGACGCGUUUUGCACAACUCUUCAUAAUUCGUACAUUUGAAGAUAUUUUACGAUGUUAUCCAAAGGGCGCCCAUCAUUUUGAAAUGUUUAUGAGACCAAAUGAGCUCCAACUUAUGCUAGAAAUGAAUGACUGCUAUGUAGAAUUGAUAAAAGGCUACUUUUAUUACCCGUGGAGUAACAGCUGGGCAUGGACUGAUACUAAAAUGUUUAGCUUUGCCAUUGAGGCUAUUAAGUCACCUAAAUGAUAAAUAUGAAUCACGGUCAUUUUAGCACAAAGUGUCAGAGUCACGGGGAAAAUACAGCUCUAAUCAAUAUUAAUUUAUUGUUAUAAAUUUUAUAGCAUUAUAAAUGAUUGAUUUAUUAUAUUUUCUAAAAAUAAAGAUGAUUUGUAAAUAGG